AUGGCAGCGGCGCUGGUCGCCGGAACGGCGACGGCCGCGUCCGGUCCGCGCCACGACGCGUCGAUCGACCAGGCGGCGGCGGAACGGAUCGCGCUGCGCAUGGGCACGAUGCGCGGCAGCAUCGAGCCCGGUGCCUCUCCGGUCACCACGCCGGAUGCGAUGCCGACCCACUCUGUCCAGUCAUCCUCGCCCGCCAUCCUGCCGGCGCUGGUCCCGUUCAGCGGACCGGCCUUUGCACUCUUCCACGAGCCGAUUGCCCGGCCAUUGCCCGACCGGCAGGUCCGGAUUGUCUAUGGCGGUUCCCUCAUCGUCGCCGCCGCUGAAGGCUGGUGA